CUCCUAAACAAGAUGUAUGUGAAAAACUUGCCUUAACCUGCAGAAAGAAGGAAAAGGAACUCCUUAAAUGUAUUGAUUUCUCCAUGCUGUACAGCAAGUAUCGUAAUAUCAAUGAGCAGCAGGAACGCAGUGAACGCAAAAGACUGCACAACAGUGUACAGAGAAGGGUAGAUGAGACAAUGCAGGCAUACCUGGCAGAGACUGAAGACAGGAGAGAGAGGCUUCGUGAACUUUUGGAAUCAGAGGAAAGCAGGUACUUUGCUGAGAUGGAGUCACUUGAAGAAACUGUCCUGGAAAAACAAGCAAAAAUGAGGGAGCGAGCAAAGUUGCUGAGAGAGAAGAGAGAGCAAGAAAGACAAAAACUGGUUACUGAAAAACGGGAGCAGCAAUUCAGAGAACAAUGUGAGGAGUUUCGCACGUGGUGGGUGCAGAAGCACCGCAGGGAAGUGUGUGCAGACCGACUGGCCCAGCUAGCUCUUAAGGAGGAAUUGAAAAAGCAACAACAGAAGGAGGAGCAAAUGUUUGCCGAGCUUUGGGAAGAGGAUAGGUUGGCCAAGGAAAAACGAGAGGCGGCGGAUAUGCAGAAAGCAGCAGAACAACAUCGAGAAGUGCUGAGCGUCCUCGGAGCCCAGGUAGCCGUGCUGAACGCUCACAGAGAGGAAGCAAAGCGGCUGAAAGAAGAAGAGGCUCGCUUGCUGGAAGAAGAAAAGCAACUGCUUAAACUAGAAAGCGAACGACUUCAGAUGGAGAAAUUACAAAAGCAGAAGGAGUGCGGGGACAUGUUGGUCAGUGCAGCACAGGACAAGAUGAAGCGUCUGAAUGAAGAAAAACAGGAGGAACUUGCCCUAGAUAUGAAGAUCCUAGAAAAAACUCUUCAGGAAUCCCAAGGGGCCACAGAGGAGAAAAAGAAAAGAAAACAAGAGCUUUUCAAGGAGCAGCAGACUUACUGGGCACACCUGGCACAACAGCUGGAGGAGGAGAAACAGCGAGAAAAAGAAGCGGACAAGCUCCUUGAUGAAGAGAUGGCGAAGGCUUGGGCCAAGAAAGCUGAGCAAUUGCGAUUAGAAAAGGAAGCUAGAAAACAGCUACUGAAAGAUGUCCUGGAUACAAGACAACUGCAGAUUGAGGAGAAGUUGGAGAGAAAUGCAAAGGAACAGGAAGAACUUGCCCAAGAAAGGAAGCUAUUUGCUGAAGCAAUCACAGAACUCAAACGUAUAGAAGAAGAAAAAUACGCAAGAAAAGUAAAGGAAGCAAAAGAAUACCAAGAGCAACUCAAGGCUCAGAUUGCCUAUCAACAACAAGCCCGUGAUGCUGAGGAAGAAGAGAAGCAGCGAGAAUAUGAAUCAGCCCUGGCAGCAGAGAGAGCUUACCAGAAAAGAAUAGAGGAUAUUCUAGCAAGGCCUUCUGUGACACUAGCAGAAAUCCAUCCUUUGAGGAGGAGACUCUUGUCUAGCACACAAGAUCACUUAUGAUAUUUUAGCUCACUUUAGAUUGCAUUUAAAAACAUUUUUCUAAGGGCGUUUAUAACUGAUUCUAAUUAGGAGGCCCCUCUGCCCUGUUAAGCUCAAAAUAUUUUACUGGCAAAUAGAAGAAAUGUGGUAUUUUAAAGGUUAUUUUCUCCUUAUUGGAUUUUCUUUCACAAAUUCACUGAUCCAAAUCAAAGCGUUUGAUACUUUUAAUAUAAGAGUAUUGUACCUUCUCCAUAGUACAAUACUGUAUUAUUAUGGCAUGAAUGAUAUGCAGGUGUUCCUUAAAAUCUGCAAACUGAAAACUUUGCGGAAGAGUUUCAGCAAACUUUUAU